UCACUUCUUUCUCCAACUUUAGCAACUUAACUGACACGAAAACAAAACGUUUUUAUGUUAUUGCUAAAAACGCUCACAUUACUUGUUUGUAUUUGCGAGUUUUGUAUUUCCCCCCUCGACAAGCAGCGUGGUUAAAGCUGCGUUCACGGACACCUCGGUGUUCCCAGUGUUGUCGAGCGCGUCAUGCUAACCGCUUUAGCACAACAUGAGAGCGUUAGCGCCGCUUUGUCGACCGCUGUUAAAGCCAGUUCCACUCCAGGCUUUCUCACCGAGUCUGUGCUUUGCUCAAUGCGUUAUUAAAACCAUCCAGAAGAAGCAGAAGCCGGAGCUGGAGCCGCACAGCCCUUGCGCCGCUCCCCUGUCCUCGGAGCAGCUGGACCGGAUCGCCCGCAACAAGAGAGCGGCGCUGGAGAAACGCGCUUCCGCUCAAACGCCGUCGGAGUUCGGGGAGAGCUGGAGGACGGGGCUGUCCGCUGAGUUCGCGAAGCCGUAUUUCAAACAGCUGAUGACUUUUGUUUCUGACGAGAGAAAACGCCACACAGUUUACCCACCUGCUGAGCACGUCUUCACCUGGACUCAGACCUGUGGCAUCCGGGAUGUCAAAGUGGUAAUUCUCGGCCAGGAUCCCUAUCAUGGUCCCAACCAGGCCCAUGGACUGUGCUUCAGUGUGAAAAGACCAGUUCCUCCCCCUCCCAGUUUGGAGAACAUGUACAAAGAACUGGCCUCAGACAUUGAAGGUUUUCAGCACCCUGGUCAUGGAGAUCUGACUGGAUGGGCCGAACAGGGCGUGCUGCUCCUCAACGCUGUACUGACUGUCCGAGCGCAYCAAGCCAACUCCCACAAAGAGAGAGGCUGGGAGGUGUUCACUGACGCUGUGGUGCAGUGGCUCAGCAACAAUCUGGAGGGUGUUGUGUUCAUGCUGUGGGGAGCGUACGCGCAGAAGAAAGGAGCUGCUAUUAACAGAAAACGCCACCACGUCCUGCAGGCUGUGCACCCUUCUCCUCUGUCUGCUCAUCGAGGAUUUUUCGGAUGCAGGCAUUUUUCAAAGGCCAACGAUCUGCUACAGAGCGCAGGAAAGUCUCCCAUAGACUGGAAGGCUCUAUAAGUUCUGUCCACGUUAGCUUUUCUAACACGAGUGUUCAUUAACUACAGACCAAAAACCCAUCUAUAAGCUUUUUUUUAUUUUCAGUUAGUUAUAUUUUUAUGUUUUUGUAAAACAAAUUCAUGUUAGUUGUUUGUUCUGAACGUUUUCUUUUACCUUCAAACUUACUGUUCUGGUUCUUUGAAUGUUGUCUGGUUUCAUUGUUGUAAAUAUGUUCAUUCACUGUUUACCUUUAUAACUUGCACAAUAAAGUUUUUUUAGCAGCGCUCCCUAA